AUGAGCGGGGCGGUGCCACCCCCGCCUCGCCGCGAGGAGCGGCUGGAUGCCCUCUUCGACACGGCGGUGGAGGCCGUCGCGGAGCUCGAGCGCUGCCGCACACUCCUCCACGACUCUCUGCGGGCGGCCCGCUUUCGCUACGGUGAAGUGCAGCGGGAGAUGGACCGUGCGGGCCUCCUUCUCGGCUUGGCUGCCGUCCCGGCGAGGGCGGGGGCGGUGCGUCCACAGCUGGGCGUCGUCUUGCUUGCCGCCGCCGCCGCGGAGACCGGCACGGCGGAGGCGAAGGAAGAGGGUGCGGAGCAGAGUCGUGGGGCCUACGAGUUUUCCAUGGUGAAUAUAGCAGCUGGCGACGGAAAGGAUCCGGCGCACUGGUUUGCGUCUGUCCCCUCGAUGGGGCUGCGUGAGUGCCAGCAGCGCUUCCGCGAGGUGCUGGGCGCCUGCGUGCAGGUCGUGCAGGCGCAGAAGCGAGCACUGGCGGCGGCGCGGGACUACCGCGUGGCGGCGGAGCUCACUGCGUGA